CUCUAUUUGACCGUGCUGUGCUACAGAGUGGGACAGCCAUUGCACCAUGGGCUUGGGUGAGUCCUGAGGAGGCAAAAAGGAGAGCUUUGGUAUUGGCCAAGCUGAUGGGCUGUACAGAUGGUGAGGACAGUGUCAUAGUAAGUUGCUUGCAGGGAAAGAAAAUGGAAGAAUUUCCAAUAUGUGCAUUGCUUGUGGUGGAUCCAAAGGUUGUUCUGAACUUUCCCUUCAUACCAACAACAGAUGGAGAUUUCCUUCCUGAUGACCCACAGAAACUUGUGGAGUCUGGGCACUUUCAGUCUAAACCUAUUAUGAUUGGUACCACCUCUGACGAAGGGUCCUUGUUUGUCUUCUUUGCAUUCAAUGAAAGCCUUUUGACCUGGAAGCAGCUCUUGGAAGGGCUUAACAUAAGCAUACACAAUGCAACUGAAGACUUCAUCCAAUCCAUUUCUCUGAGGUACAGAGAAGCAGAACCAGAAGGCCCAGCACACUAUCGUUCUGCCUUGGCCCACGCCUGGGGUGAUUACUUCUUUGUAUGUUCAGCAAAUGAAAUUGCCACAGAGACUGCAAAGAGUGGAAUCCCUGUGUAUGCUUACACUUUCACCCAUCGCAGCAAUGACUCCAUCUGGCCUGAAUGGAUAGGGUCAACCCAUGGGUCUGAGGUCCCAUACCUUUUGGGAACUCUGACCUUAUUACUGGGAUCCAAUGUAACUCACACAGAGGCAGAGUUAGAGCUAAUCCCCCGAGUGAUGCGAUACUGGGCAGAGUUUGCCAGAAGCGGCAAUCCCACCCCUUCAGAUGUCAGUGAGACAAAAUGGCCACUCUACAACCCUGCAGAGCAGAACUUCUUUCACAUCAGCACAGAGCCACCUCAAGUCAUGAAGCCCUCACCUGCUCGGCUCUGCAGGUUUUGGAAGGAGCUCCUACCAGAGGCAUCAAGGCCAAGUGAGUUGUGGCUCAGAAAGAAGGAGGAGCAGCCCAAAUCCACUCUCUGAGCUAGACAUUCCUCCAUAACUUGUGUUUGGUUGGAAUUUUGGUCACCCUAGAUGGCAACACAUUGCUAAGGCUAUUCUGGGACUAGUUAGGAUAGCAACUGAGCCUCUCUGUUUGGAUUCCUGCACCAAAAUUUGGCAGCACCAGCAGCAUGUCAGUGUGGAAAAAUUAAUUAGAAUGGUCCUUUGGGAAAUAAAAGAUAUGCUGUAGUCAGUAUUAAGAUUCCAUAAUUCCUUGUGCCUGUUUCUUGACCUUUUUAUUACUUUUGUGCCUAUGUGACCACAAGCACCAUACCUCCCAGCAGGGAGUAAGCAUAUAAACAAUCAGUGGAUGUGUAUCUAGAUAUAUCUCUUUGAAAUCAAGACCCCAGACCCUAAAGAUAACAUUUUGCUGCUUAGAUCCCCGGCAAUAAAAUGUGAAUAGCCCUCCUUUCCUUCCUAAAAUGUAAGAAUGUAUGUUAUCCUGUUAUCUGUAUGUAUCCUGUUAUCUGCAUUCGUACAUCAAUGACAUCUCAAAACAUCUGACGAUGGGAACAUCUCCUUCGCAAAGAAUGUAUUGUGAGAGGUGCUAAAUGUAAUUAAGUCGUAAUCGAAUGGUGUGACUUGUUUGUUCUUUGCCUAUAAAGACUGUACAAAAUUUCUGUUAGAGGUCCCACUCUGAACAGGACAGCAGAGAGUUUGUGCUCGCUGACAGUAACGAGUGGCACCUCAAGAAUUCUUGAUCUUAUGUUUGCAUGUCUUUGCUUUAUUUCAGGGUUUGUUUCUUUUCUGUGUUAUUGGGGAACUUAGAUAAGUAUUAAGUGAAGUUAUUGUUUUACUUAGGACCAGCGCCAGCCCUGGCUGCUGGUCCAAAGUGUACUAGCUGAUAUUAUAGAAGGUUAUAUUUAGGAAUAAACUGUUACUUUGUUAAGAUAGCUUUGAGUCUUUUCUUUAAGUUCAGCCAGCACCAUCCUUUGAAACAGCCUUUGGUGAGUAGGGCUAAAACAGUAUGAACCCCUUAUAUACUGCACCAUCCCCUUUCCUGGUUGGAAAGCACAUACCAGAGCAAUAAAAUUUCGUCCAACAGUCAGAGGAAGGUGCAGGACUAGUCUCCAUUCUCUUUGCCAUACAUCUCCACACAGGCACCAUUCCCCCAGUGAGGCUACAGCUCUUACAGGUAGGGCUCAUGGGUUUCCACUUGUGAUAGCCUCCCACAGUGGUCCUACAUGAUUUUUAAAAACAUUUAUUAUUCUAGACUGCCUUUCUCCCCAGUGGAGACCCAAAGUGACUUAGGCAGUUUUCUCCUCCAUUUUAUCCUCACAACAAACCUAUGGGGUGGGUUAGGCUCAGGAUGUGAGAUUAACCCAAGGCCAUCCUGCAAGCUUCCAUGGCAGAGUGGGUAUUAGAACCUCAGACUCCUAGGUCCUUGGGGUUAGGUCUAUUUAGAAAAAAACAUAUUUUCCUGUGAUAAGACAGCACAGAAGACUAAUUAGCUACACUCUGAUGUCCAUCAGUAGUACACACUAGAGUGGCUGACUUUGGGUUUUCAGUGCCAUAAGAUUAGCUUCAAAAAUCUCCCAAUGACUCUAGUCAUUUUGGGAAUGUAGACAGCUUUCAAAUCUCAUUCACAUGCUAGGUAUGAGAAUGUCAGAAUUCUUGCACAAUAGCAGUGUUUUGUUCCCUCACAAAGCAUGUUCGGCUACAGUCCAGGCUCAGACCUUUUCAGUAGCUGCCUCUGGAACACACAGCCUUUCAGCUCCCAUCUUCCUUGCUUUCUUCACAGAGAGCUGUUUCAGAGAGGUUUUGCGGCAGCCAGCACCUAGGCAACGGGAGAAAACCCUGUCAAUAGGGAGGUGUAAGGUGCUUUGAGAUCAGUUUUUAUAAAUGUUGUCUUAAUGUUUGUUCUAUCAAAUUGUUGUUAUACUACUGUUACCAAUUUGAGACCUCAGAUGCUCAUCAGAAAAGUAUAAAAAUAUCUUAAAUAAAAAUCUAGUGCCUCA